CCCAAAUGACGACAUGAGAUUAUCUGAACUAUAAGUAUUCCCUUCUUUCAUACGCUAUCUUUAUCCUCCUUAUAACCCAAUUUACCUUCUGCAACAUCAAAUCAACACUACACAACCAAAAUGGCCACCAAACCCUUCGCCAUCAUCGCCGGCGUCGGCCCCGGAACUGGCUCCUCCAUCGCCCGCCUCUUCGCAAAAUCCUACCCAGUAAUCCUCCUCGCCCGCAACCCCCAAAACUACCAAAGCGUAGUCGACGAAAUCAACUCCACCGGCGGCCAAGCCACAGGAAUCAGCACCGAUCUAUCCGACUCCAAGGGCGUGAGGUCCACCUUCGAGCAAAUCAAAUCCCAAUUCGGGAACGCGCCUCUCGCAGCAGCGGUGUUUAAUUCGGGAGGCGGGUUCAUCAGAAAACCGUUUUUGGAGUUAACGGAGGAGGAGAAAGGAGGCUUCAACUUCGCCCAAGCAGUCCUCCCUCUCUUCCCUAGCGACACGAACGCAACUGCACCCGCAACGAAAUACCCACCUACGUUGAUUUUUACCGGCGCGACGGCUAGUCUGAAAGGGUCGGCGAAUUUCGCCUCGGAGUUCGGGCCCAAGGGGAUUCAUGUCGCGCAUGUGAUUAUUGAUGGGGUGAUUGAUAUUCCGAGGACGAAGGGGUGGGUGUUUGAGAAGGAGGAUGCGAAGUUGGAUCCGGGGGCUAUUGCCGAGGCGUAUUGGCAUUUGCAUACGCAGCCGCGGACUACGUUUGGGUUCGAGUUGGAUUUGAGACCGUAUGUUGAGAGGUGGUAGGUUGUCUUCUUGGUAAGUAAGUAGAUGGGGUAGGGAG